UUCAAUCCAUACCCAAGCAAGUUCAACCUCACACCUCAUCAACAUCGCUUUGUGGUAUGCACUGGGGCUGCGAAUUGCAUAGUGGAGCUAUCACGAGGACUCAUCUUAGACGAAUCGUUACAGCAUUCGACCGUUUACCUUACUUACCCUGUGGCUGGGAACCGCUAAGAACCCUUCAGUUUCCGCCGUCAACCGCCGGCGCGCAUCAUCCCGAGCUCCCCCGAGACUCCGGCUCUGAGAUCAAGCUCUCGUUGCUCCUGAACCUGAAACUCGUCGAGCCCAGGUAUGCUGCAGUGAAGCUUCUUCACUCCAAAUCGCCAUGCCGACGCCUUCAACCUACGCCCUGGUGUCUUUACCGCUGAGGGCGUUCGACACCGAUGAUGCCCUCUCUGCGCUGCGCGGAACCAUCACCUCAGACAACGGCUCCGUCCAACCCUUCACAAUACCCGAGUUCAAAAUCGGCACUCUCGAUGCACUGGUUCAGCAGGCCGAUGAUCUCACCAAGCUCGAGGCGGCAUGCCAGGGAGUGGUAUCUCGCGUCGCUGACUCGCUCAAGAACCUCCUCGAUGGUGAUGAGGACAAAGUUGCGCAGCACAAGACCGUCAACGAUAAGCCUACCGACCACUAUAUAACCCAUUUCAGUUGGAACAAGGUUAGGUACCGAGCGGAUAGGCCAUUGGGAGAGCUCAUAGACACAAUGCAAAAGGAGCUCGUCAACAUCGACAAUGACGUCAAGGGCAAGUUCACUCAGUACAACACGACCAAGUCAAACAUGGCGGCUUUGCAACGGAAACAGACAGGCAACCUUGCCACCAAGUCUUUGACCCCUAUCGUCAAGCCCUCACUUCUGGUACAAGACUCGGAGUACCUGGAAACACAUCUCAUCGCCGUGCCGUCGAUUGCAAAGAAGGACUUUCUCAAGAGCUACGAAACAAUUGCUCCAAUGGUUGUGCCCCGCUCGUCAAUUCAAGUGGCACAGGAUGACGAGUUUACUCUGUUCGCCGUGACAACGUUCAAGAAGACGGCAGCCGAGUUCCUCCAGAAGUGCCGAGAACAGAAGUGGACACCGCGCCAGUACAAAUACGUCGAGGGUGGACAGGAAGAGGAAAAGCGCGAGAUCGAGCGUAUCGCCAAGGAGGAGCGCAAGGUCUUCCACGAGGCCCUGCGCCUGGGCAGGACGGGUUGGAGCGAGAGCGUCAUGGUGUGGGCGCACGUGAUGGCUCUCCGGGUGUUUGUGGAAACGGUUCUGCGCUAUGGUUUGCCGCUGGAGUUUGUCUCUGCUCUAGUCAAGACAAGUCCCAAGCUGGUGAAGAAGGUCAAGACCUCGUUGGACAAGUCAUUCUCUUACCUUGGAGGGAACGCUUUUGGAAGAGACAAGCAAGGCAAGAUCAAGCAGGAUGAUGCCGCAUUGACGUCUGAGAUUGCGGCUGCGGGAGUCGGUUUUGGUGAAGGCAACGAGUACACACCUUAUGUGUACUACGAAUUCGAGCUACCUUAGCAGGGCCAUAUAUUGGCCACGCCUGACUAUUCACAUGACUAUAUACUUGAUCAAGGUCUGCAUACACGCAGCUUGUGCUAUUUUUUUUCGUAUCUUUUGCACUGUUAUCUUUAUCAGUAUCUAUCAGGCUAGGCUAUGAGGUUUGCAUCUCUAACUUGGAUACAUUUCAUCGGGCAAGCCGUUUUUUUUUUUUUUUUUUUCUCUUUUUCUGGCGGACCAAACUCAAGGGGUAGCCUUGAUUAGACCCUUCUCCUGCAGCCACUUGACAAUCUGAGCCA